CAUGGGCUUGCAAAUCCUGUGCUGUUUUCAAAUCUUUAAUUUGAUUGUCCUUAACUGAUGCUUUUUGGAUAUACUUAAUUUUGUGAAUGAUUGAUUUAAUUGAUACUUUAAUUGAUUGAAAGGCUUAGUGCCCAGCAGUGUUUUAAAAAGUGAAUGCUUAGUAGCCUGUGUUCUAGUGCAAGCUGGUAGAAAAGAAUGUUUGUCUUGGUAAACACUUAUUUAAGAGAAGUAGCCCUCUUUAAAUAAUCACAUUUCAUGUUAACUUUCUCAAGGGAAACUGAGCAAAAGAAAGCCAUGGUAGGCAAUAAGAACAAUUUGAAGGUUAAAUAAUGAAACUACAAUUCCCAGCUUGCACUAAGAAACCAGUGAGGGUUCUGGGACCUGUAGUGUACCAAAAGUUGUUAAAGCCAUUUAAGUCACUAAAAAACAGCAAUAGGUAGAAAUAGAUGUCAUUUACUAUGUUAGAAUUUGUGGUACAAGGGGUAAUUCACAGAGGAAAAUAAAGUUAAAUGGGGGCAUGGAAGAUUAUUGGUUAAAAAAAAAAGCAUCCCUUCAGUUUGUGACUGGAUUUUUUGAGGAAGGAAGUCAGGCAACUGAAAAUGUGGACAGCCAUGCCCAGAAUUAUCUGGAAACACUAAUCAGUGAGGCCUUAAAAGGCAAAGGAUUUCAGAAAAUAACAGAAUUAUUUGAAGGCAAAGCAGUUUUCUCACCCCAGUUCCAUAACAAGUUACUUUUGAGCCAACUGGAUAAACUUAUAAAUAAGGAACUAGAUCGAAAUGAAUUCAAACAUAUAUCGUUAUUAAUGAAAUGCAUUCAGCAUUUCUGCAAAAAUGACUGCCAAGAAAGUUCAACAUUGAUUCAACAGGGCCUGGUUUCAAAGAUGGUCCUUUGGUUUGAAAGAACUGUUGAUUUUCUGAGAGUUUCUAAAGAAUCAACCCUGGCAACCCUAGUCGAAGAUUUCUAUGAUUCUGCCUUAGUGAUCUGUAAAUGUAACUGUGAGGAUGGGAAAAGGCAGCUGCUGGAUAGUUUUUUAAUCAGACUUGGACGUGUUGUCACAGAAAAAUGGGUUGCUUGCCAUCUCCGUUUGGAGGCUCUGAGGACUAUAAACUGCAUUUUAGAUUCCAUCUCCCGGGAAGACAAGAAAAAACUACACUGCUCUGAAGACCUGUGUGAGCUCUCGAAAGAUUUAGCAAGAACAAUACUAGAAGCUGGAGACUAUGAUAUCCAGGUAGCCAUUUCAGAAGCAAUGUGCCGUAUGAUGGGGAAGAAGUUUAGGGAGAGCUUUGUUCAUCGAUGGUUUGAGGAUAAUUUUCUUGCUGAAGCCUUUAAAGGAAUCAAAGAUAAAGAGUUUGAAACGGAUUGUAGAAGGUUUUUGAAUUGCUUGAAUUCCAGGAACCAGAACAAAAAAGGGGUUUAUACAUUUCCUUGCAUUACUGUUUUCACUGAUGCGGAUGAGUUGAAAAAACCAGAGGACGAGAACUUGGAAAGCUUCUGGAUUGAUUUUAAUGCUGGAAGUCAGUGUGUGUCUUUCUACAUCCAUAACAAGGAGGGUUCUCUUUGGGAUUCCGUCAGGUUGCUUAAGGAGUCUGUUAACAAUUACGCCCUACAAGAAAAUGAUGGACAACAGGUUUUAAGCAUCUAUCUAAAAGACCCUCAGGUCAUCAAUGCCAAAGACAUAACAAAAAUAAAAAUCUACUUUGAGUCCAAGCAUGACAUCAAGAGCGCUAUCCAGAAAGUGUAUGAAGAUAUAAAUGGGAGCCACAGUGCCCCUGUGGAAUUUGAAUCAAAGGAAGGUUUAACCGAUAAUGGAGACAGCUUAUCUUCAUAUGCUAUAAUAACAACAGCCACAACCUUCCAGCAGUGGAAGAGGAAUCAAGCAAACAAAGUGGAUUCUGUAUCUGACAUCCUUUGUUCUCAGACCAGUGAACAUUCUUCUGCAACUAAAAUCAGCUCUGGUACCCAGUCAGUCCAGAAGGGCUUAAGCACCGCUGAUUCACAUGAAAUGUUAAUAGAUUCUGUUCCACUUGAGGCAGUUAUAUCUAUCACUGAUGAGCAGACAUCUAUGUCACAAGCCCAAGAUGACAGUAGUGAUGCCAUCCCUCAAGAGACUGUUUCUGAUGUUCCUUUAAAGGACUCAAAUCAAAGAACAGCAGAAAUAAUAGAAGUCAGCCCCGACAAGGAGAUUGCCCCAAAGACAACACAGAAUAUUUUUACAUUUCAAGGUUAUUCUGACUUACUGGCAUCUGAAAAGGUGGCAGAAGCUAAAACGAAAAUCUUGGUGCCGAAACAAUCAACAGAGAGAGCCACUCCAGGAUCCAGAAAUAGAGAUUCCAUGAACAGUUACCAUCUGAGACCGUCUUCUGCAUACAGAAGCCAUCUUUUCUCUGAAAGUAAUGGAGCUACUAGCAACGCAGAAAGUGAGAAGAGUUGGAUCCUGGAUUAUAAAAACAGAUCCACAGUGAAAUCCGCAGACUACAGCCGUAAAAAGCCUAGAAUUAAAAGUAAACUCAAAGUGUUGCCAUUAUCUUCGGAAUCUGGUGAUGAUGAAAAACAGAUGGCGACUACAGGAUUGUUCUCCAGAUUUAUGUCCCAAAACGAAAUGCACAGACCAGAGGAUGCCAAUCCAAACAGGCCUCCCGCAGCUGCACUAAAACUCCCUGGAAUAUCCGCUCUCCUAACUCCAGGAGAUUCUCGUUUCCAAAAUAAAGACUUGGGGCAUCUGUCUGAAAUUGAUGAUCAGGAUAUCAUGGUAGACCCAAUAGAAGACGCUUCCUCUCCAGAAAUUUCUAAGCCAAUAGAAAGUAAUAAGGAACCUAAUAAUGUUCCUGAUGGAGUUUAUGCUAGUGGACCUUUAAGUAGAACAGCUGAUGGCAACAACAAAUAUCAUGCAGCUGAUACAUUACAACAUGCAACUGGGAAACGGAAACAUUAUAAAACCCGUGAGAUUGAGGAAAUUCCUUUUAAACCACGAAAACUUUUUAGCUCAACCGAAAAGAAUGAGAAGAGAUCAGAUGCUGAUUCAGAAGAUUCGGAUGAUGUUUUUUACUCAAAAUCCCAUGAUCAGGAUCUUGGAGAAUCCAGUGUAAUCUCUGCAUUUGACAACUUCACCAAGGAUCUAAAAAGGAAAUUUUUGACAAGGUAUAAAAGAAUUGAAAACAGGGCAAACCAUGUGCUGCAAACCUCUCACCAGCAGGUUUCAACAGUGCUAAAUGAAAUACAUCAGUGCAGAUUACACAAAAUCAAUCACUUUCAUAAGAUAGUUGUACAUGAACUUUCUAGCCUUGAGGCUGAAGUACAGGCUCUGAAACGACUUGAGAAAGAGACACUGGACUUCUGGGAGGAUCAGUAUGUAAAAAUGAAUACAUUUUGCUGCAGUCAGAAGCAAAGAAUUAAAACCAUGGAUUCUGCAAUUUUGGAGACAAUAGGCAACCUGAAAAAUGUAAUUCACACAACUGCAAAGGAAGACAUUUCUAAUAAUGAGGAACAUAUCCAGAACAAGUUGUUGAAAUGAAAUGAGUCACAAUGUUUGUGUGCUUUCUGCAAUUUCCAGUUCAGCUCAUCCCAGGGAAAUUAGUUUGUUCUUCAUUUUUCUUUUGUAAAACAGGCUGGAAUGAAUUUCUGUUUUAAGUGGACAACACUUUACCUUAUAAUUAAAGUCACAUCAUGUAUUAAUGGAGAAA